AUGAAAACAGUCUCGAGCUGGAAGAGUAGUAGAGUAGAGUCGUAGUGCCGUAGGCUAUCAAGUUCAGAACACGUCUUGUAAAAGUGUGUUUUGGUUGAAAAAUGAAGUGGUCUGAGGACGAAACUAUCAAGUUAGUUGAAUUGUAUGGUGAAUUCGAGUGUCUAUGGAAUAUUACGAGCGUGGAUUAUAAAAACAAAAGUAAGCGUACUUCAGCUUAUGAAGCAAUUGUUACUGAAUUAAACAAAGACAACUUUGGUGUAGCUGAGUUGAAACAAAAAAUAAAAAAUCUGAGAUGUACGUACAAUCAGGAAUGUUUAAAAGUGAAAAAAUCCAAUAAAUCAGGAGCUGGAAUAAAAGACUACAUACCUGCACUCAAAUGGUUUCAUAUCAUGGAAUCAUUUUUGACGAGAAUUAAAGGAACAAGUGAAACAGAGGAUAAUUUGAAUAAAACGAAUCCUGAGCAGAAUGAUGUAAUUGAUGAAAUCAUGAUUGAUGAUGAGGAUACACCAUCUCUAUCACAAGCAACUGCACAAGCAUCGACUUCAAAAGAAUCAGAACCUCAUCAACUCCCAAAGCAGCCGUUCAAGAAAGCAAAGUAUUCCAAGAAACGAAAUAUAGAACAUCUGCGUGAGAGGGUUGCAGAGCUUCGUAACAUUCAUGAAAGCCUGUCUGCCAAUGCUUCACAAUUAGAAGAUAAUGACAAUACUGCUUUUGGUGCAUAUGUAGGAGUGACAUUGAACACAUUGCCACUGCAACAGUCCAUCAUGGCACAACAUGAAAUUCAAAGCAUCCUCACUAAAUAUCGUCUACAGUUGUGUUCAGAAGCUGCCCCUUUGUCUCAUUUGUCUGAUACAUUGGCAGACCACCAUCUACCACAUGAAAUCUUUCGUUGAAUCAGUCAAUUCCCAUUGAACAUGAGGAUGGUUCAAUUCCUGUACAGUCACUCAUUUACAUGAGUGAUUACCAAGACGUAUCUGAGGAAUAAAUUGAGACAUCCACUAUAAUCGAGUAGAUGUGUUAUUGUGCUAAGAUAUUCUAUCUUAGAGUUUAGCUUGAUAAAUAAUAACUUUUAUGUGAUAAAUGAUCAUUGUUUGUGUAAUAAAUCAGCAAU